AUGACAUCCCCAGACCACAGGCCAUCUGCGCCGACCUCCUAUGAUGAUCCUGAAAGAAACGGUACCCAAGCCUCCCCAGGUCCCACAUCGCGGCAAAAUGGAAGACCAGACGAAACCAGGACGAACGAAGACACAGAUCAAUCGAAUCCAAAGCGCAAACGAGUCCAAGAAAGACACCAAGCGCGCAAGCGUGGACCAACCCAGCCAUCCAUGUUCUCACGACGCGGUCGCUCCCGCAGCCCAAGCAACAGAACACCAGACGACAACUCAUCCCGACGCUCUCGAUCCCCUCUCCGCCCUCGCUCGCCGACCCCCGAAGCGCCAAAGCGCAAGCGGCCCGGUGGUGGAUCGCGCAUGGGCAUAGUGAACCCGGAGGAGAUGCGUCGGAGACAAGAGCAGCAUGAUCGCAUCCUCGAAGAAGAUGCGAUGCGAUCAUCGCGAGACCGUGGUGUCUCGGACGUCGUGAGACAGCACUACAACGCUGUCCCGGAGCGAGGCCGUGAGUGGCGGAAAACAGAGAGCAAGAUCAAAGGCCUGCGCAGUUUCAAUAACUGGGUGAAGAGUACGCUGAUUCAGAAGUUUUCGCCUGAUGAGGAAUUCGCUGCGCGCUUCAAUGAUACCAAGGAUUGGGCGGAUGAUGGUCAACGUCCGCCCCCCGUUGAUGAUAAGCGGCUGUUGGUCCUGGAUCUGGGCUGUGGCAAGGGUGGUGAUCUUGGGAAGUGGCAGCUUGCGCCGCAGCGGGUGGAUCUCUACGUUGGUCUUGACCCGGCCAAUAUCUCUAUUGAGCAGGCGCGGGAUCGGUACGGUCAAAUGCGUAGUGGUCGUGGGCAGCGUGGUCGCGGUCGUCCGCCUCCUCCGCUAUUCCAUGCCGAGUUCUAUCCUAAGGACUGCUUUGGCGAGUGGUUAGGUGAUGUUGGCAUUGUGCAGGAGGUGGGGAUUGAUCCCAAUGCCGGUCCUGGUGGCUCGCUGAUGGCUUCGCGGUGGAGUGGUGGUGGCGGAUUUGAUGUUGUGACUUCGAUGUUUGCGAUUCACUAUGCAUUUGAGAGCGAGGAGAAGACUCGACAGAUGCUCAGCAAUGUUGCCGGGUGCUUGAAAAAGGGUGGUCGUUUCAUCGGCGUGUGUCCGAACUCCGAUGUCAUCACCAGCCGCGUGAGCACCUUCCAUAAAAACCGCCAGGAAAAGGAAUCUGCCAAACCUGCGGCGGCCGAGGAAGCUCCAGAGGAUGGUGAAGUCCAGGAGGAUGAGCGUUGUGAAUGGGGCAACGAUAUCUAUCGAGUACGAUUCCCCGGGGCGACUCCGGAGGACGGUGUUUUCCGCCCGCCGUUUGGAUGGCGGUAUACCUACUUCAUGCGAGAGGCUGUUGAAGAGGUCCCUGAAUAUGUUGUUCCUUGGGAAGCAUUCCGAGCGUUGACCGAGGACUACAAUCUCGAACUCCAAUAUCGCAAGCCUUUCCUGGAUAUCUGGGAAGACGAGAAGAAUGAUCGCGAGUUGGGCCCACUGAGUGAGCGCAUGGGUGUGCGCAACCGGGCCACGGGCGAUCUGAACAUGACCGAUGAGGAGAAGGAUGCAGUUAGCUUUUACCACGCAUUCUGUUUCUACAAGGUCUGA